AUGGAUGUCGAAGAUACCACUCCCGCCCCCGAACGCAAACAGCGCAAAUCCGUCGCCUUCACAGACGAGCAAGUAGUAGUCGACGCAGACGGUUCAGUCACAAUGGUCAACGCCACCGAGGAACCCAAGGAGACAGCCCAGUCGCACACGCCCCCUGGAGCCGAAGAUGCGACGGCCCCUGUCCCCGAUGUUGCUGAAGAUGGCGGCCUCGACCUGUCAAUGAAGAAAAAGAAGAAGAAGAAGGUUCCCAAGGAAGGUGACGACGCUGAGGAGGCUGCCGCUGGCGAGGAUGGCGGUCUUGACCUGUCGAUCAAGAAAAAGAAGAAGAAGACGAAGGUUCCCAAGGACGGCGAUGAGGACGAGUUCGCCGCUAAGCUCAAGGCCCUGGAGCUCAAGGACGAGGAGGGCGGCGCCGAGGCCGAGGGUGCUGUCGACGAUGGCGACAUGGACCAAGGUACCGGUAUCUGGCAGCACGACGAGACCAAGGCCCUCAGCUACAGCCUGCUCCUGAACCGCUUCUUCCACCAGCUGUCUCAGAAGAACCCCGACCACGCUCUGAGCGGCUCCAAGAGCUACAAGAUCCCGCCCCCGCAGUGCAUGCGUGAAGGCAACAAGAAGACCAUCUUUGCCAACAUUGCCGAAAUUUGCAAGCGCAUGAAGAGAACCGAAGAGCACGUCACGGCCUACCUCUUCUCCGAAUUGGGUACCAGUGGUUCCGUCGACGGCAGCAGACGCCUUGUUAUCAAGGGUCGUUUCCAGCAGAAGCAGCUCGAGAACGUGUUGCGCAAGUACAUCAUCGAGUACGUCACCUGCAAGACCUGCAAGUCCGCCGACACCGAGCUGUCCAAGGGAGAGAACCGUCUGUACUUCAUUACCUGCAACUCUUGCGGUUCGAGACGUUCCGUCACCGCCAUCAAGACCGGUUUCUCCGCCCAGAUCGGAAAGAGAAGAAAGAUGCAGGGUUAA